CACUGUAAAUGACUCCUCCUAGACACCGGUCACGUGAUGCUAAAGCUGUCAAUAUACAAUUUGUGUGAACAUUAACUCAAUCGCGAGCAGACGUCACCAGCGGAUAGUUAUUCUCGACUACAAUCACUUGCAGAGAGAGUAAGCCGAAAAUAAGAUGCGGCUACCGAACAUGCUCCGACCUCCUGAACGGACGUAUAUCUUGUUGGCCGCCCUUUCCUUCCUGACUGGCAGCUGUGUCUUAACGCUAGACCCGAAGCAGACCCACACCAAACCAAACAGCUCAUGUGCUGUUAAAGACUAUGGACAACUCUUCCCCAGCGUGAAGUCGGUGGAAACAUGGGUCAAAUCUACGUUCUCGACUACCUGGCCUUGGACAAUACAUAAUGGCGAACACGGCAUGGCGGUCUCAGGAGAAGGACGCCGCCAGUGGACAUCCAAACAGCUUCUUCUCCACGAGCUGCUCAUUGCGUCCAUCCUGCCAUGGUCACUGGUCAAGUUUGGGGACGCUGUGUUCCUCAGGCGGCGGUGGUUGUGUGGAUGUUUUGAGGAUGAACCAAGACGUGGUGCCCCCGAGGUAGACCCGAGUGCCUCUGCGGUUACAGCAACCAGUCUCUCCCGGGAACAGACCCUCACCAGUUCCAUAUGAGGAGAGGCCGGUCUUACCUUUGUCCUUGCAAAGAGGAAUUGCUUUUUAAAGUUUUACACAGUGCCAGAUUUGCUUAAAUAGUCCGUUAAAAACAUCUUGUGCUAUGCUUUGCUUGUUUUUUGCCAUGUGAUAAACAAUAUCUGUUAGUAAUAAAAUCAUUCACUCACGA